CCUUAGUUUCUCUCUCCUCUUUUAACCUUCCUUUGACUCUUUCUCUCUCAAACCCCUAUAAAAUCCCUAACUCAAUCCCCUCAAUUUUACUUCCAUCUUCAUACACUAAACUAGAAGAAAAAACAAGCAAGUUAUAUAAGAGAGAACUUAUUUUGAUAACAUAAAGAGGAAGAAAAAAACACAUAUACACAAAUCAUUAUGAAUUGUGUACAAGAGUGGCCUGAGCCCAUAGUUCGAGUCCAAUCCUUAUCUGAUAGCGGGUCUAUCAUGAUACCAGACCGCUAUGUCAGGCCACUGACAGAGCGGCCUGUGAUAGACCCCUUAGACGAGGUUAAUAUCCCCAUGAUUGACCUGUCAGGCCUCUUUUCUAGUGACCCGGACCUAGUCCGGGUCACUAGAGAACAAGUAGGUGAGGCCUGCAGGGAAUGGGGAUUUUUUCAAGCUGUCAAUCACGGGGUCUACCCUGACCUCAUGGAUCACGCGCGCCAAACUUGGCGCGAAUUCUUCCACCAACCCAUGGAAGAGAAACAAAAACAUGCUAACGAUCCUAAAACUUAUGAAGGGUAUGGGAGUAGACUUGGGGUUCAAAAAGGUGCUGUUCUUGAUUGGAGUGAUUACUAUUUCCUCCAUUAUCUUCCUUCUAAUUUGAAGGAUCAUAGCAAAUGGCCUGCUCAGCCUCCUCAUCACAGGGAGGUGGUUGAGGAAUAUUUACAAGAAGUGGUGAAAUUAGGUCAAAGAUUAAUGAAGGUUUUCUCGGCUAAUCUUGGAUUAGAGGAGGAUUAUCUUCAAAAUGCAUUUGGAGGAGAGGAAAAUGGAGCUUGUUUAAGGGUGAAUUUUUAUCCAAAAUGCCCACAACCUGACUUGACCCUUGGACUAUCCUCUCAUUCGGAUCCGGGUGGGUUAACCAUUUUGCUGCCGGAUCACGAUGUACCGGGUCUUCAAGUCCGUAGAAAUGACAAAUGGAUAACCGUCAAACCUGCUAAACAUGCGUUCAUCAUCAAUAUUGGCGACCAGAUUCAGGUGUUAAGCAAUGCAGCGUACAAAAGCGUGGAGCAUAGGGUAAUUGUAAACCCUAAUAUAGAGAGACUUUCACUGGCUUUCUUCUUUAAUCCAAGGGGUGAAUUAUUAAUUGAACCAGCCAAGAAACUUGUAACUCCUGAGAAUCCUGCAUUGUAUCCGCCUAUGACUUUUAAUGAAUAUAGGCUUUACAUUAGGUUAAAGGGUCCUCAAGGAAAGUCUCAAGUGGAGUCCUUGAAAUCUCCUAGAUAAUAUUAAGCCAUUAUAAUGUUUGUCUAUGUAAUGAGUUUAUUGUGUAUGUAUACACCUUUUUCAAGGUUUUCCUUCAUUUCUAUCAAAUGUAAUUCCUGCAAAUUAAUAAUUUUGUCAUAAGUAGUCUUUGUCAUUACUUUA